CCCAAACUCCACUUACAACUUCACACGUGUCUUCCAAAAACCCCCAAACACACUUACGAGCCCUAACCCUAAUCUCUCUCACUCGAUCAAUCACGCCCCUUUCAAUUUCACUCAAAUUCAACUUCCCCAUUUCAUCAAUCAGAUUUUGUUGUUUUUUGCAGGUUUUUUUGUAGUUGACUUUUUGCUAAAAGUCAACGGUCAGUUAGAAGUUAGUAGGCUUAUGAGGGAUGUGGUUUUUGGAUUAUUUAGAGAUGUGCAUAUUUUGUUAUAAAGAUGUUUUGAUGAUUGUGAGAUAACCGAGUAUAUUACGAAAAUGCCAGCGGUUCGGCAUUGUUCAAGGGUUGAUACUUUCGACCUCAAGAUUCAAAUGGAAAGGAGUCUCGGUGCGCAAAAGUUUAAAAAUUAUUUCAACCUUCUCACGCGGUAUCUGAGUUUAAAGGUUAGGAAAUCGGAGUUUGAUAAACUGUGUGUUCGUUUGAUUGGCAGAGAGAAUAUACGUCUUCACAAUGAACUUAUCCGUGCGAUAGUAAAAAACGCAGCCGUCUGUAACACGCCGCCUCCUAAACAAGUCAAACAUGACAAUGCGUUGACUUUUAAAGAUUCAAACGGUGGUCUUCAAUCUAUCUGUAGAGAUGUAUUCCCUCAGUCUCCAAGAAAAGGAAGGACUCCGGUUCUUCGUGAAAGAAAGUUUAAAGAUCGACCGAGCCCUCUUGGAGUCGGUGACAAGAAUCAUGUGGCUGAUGAUGUGGCAACGAUAAGAGGCCUCAUGCCACCGGUUGAAGUUAAUUCUGAGCGGGUUAGUUAUCAGCGAAUCCCAAUUACAGCUCCAUUCGGCGUUAAUAUGCACUCGAAUGAAACACGAAAAGUGUCGUGUAGUGAUACGGGUUCUGGUUAUUACACGGAGACGUGUCAUUACACUGGUCAAUUACUAAGUAGAAAUUCGUUAGAGCACAGAUUAAAGCAUAAGUUGAAAACGGAGAGUUUGGAUAUCUCUAUGGAUUGUGUCAACUUAUUGAAUAAUGGACUGGAAUCUUAUUUGAAACGGGUUAUAAAACCGAGUCUGGAGUUAGCUAGCUCGAGGUCUUUACACGAGCCCGGAAAAAGGUUUACUACAUCAUUGUUGGAUUUACAGAUGGCAGCAAUGACCAACCCCAAGAUGCUUGGAGAAGAUUGGUCUAUAAGACUCGAGAAGAUUUGUUUGUCUGGUUUUCGAGAAUAAGUAAUGUGUUGUUGGAUUCUAGUAGUGAAACCGUACUGUAACUCGUGCGUGGUGGAAGAGUAGGAAACCGCAAAAGUUUUGGAUAAAAGACGUUAGGUUGUAUAUAUUAGACUAUGGGCCCACGGGCUCAAUUAGGUUACAAGAUAUAGAGAUACAAGGAACCCUAGAUAGUGUGGGCUCGUAGUCUAAUAGUAUAUACAUCUCAAGGCUGAUUCUCGGGGACAGGACCGCUGUCCACUAAAGCAUAAGUUAUGACUAGUUUGUAAGAUUACUGACCGCGUCGAAUAUUCUAGUGGGUUUUAAUUAUUAUAUAUAGUUUACUCGUUUUUCAUGUUUAUAGUAUGGUCUCAAAUCUUUUUUUCUUGAGUUGAGCAAGCUAUAAAUAUUAUACACAA